UUUGGACGAAAAUCUCGUAAAAAGCAUCGUGUCCGCCGUGUGGAUGAACAUUUGCCUGAAAUGCAAAAGAAAGAAAUUGAUGUUGCGGAGCAUGAGACUGUCACAUUUGCCCAAACGAUUGCUCCACUUGAAAGUGAAGAGAGAAAACCGAAAAAGGCAGCACCAAGGAAGGGAGCGACAGAUUUUAACAUUUACUUUGGUGAAGAACUCACGUUCGAUAUUGAUGCGGAGAGGUUUCAAGAACGUCUGAAUGCGCUCACGGAUCUCGAACCCGAAUAUGUCACUUUCAUUACCAAUUAUUUCAAAAACGUCACCAGUCAGGUUUGA